CAUCCUCACACCACUUUCUUACGUGAAAGAAAAGAAUACCUGACGUGUUUGACUACCAGCAGCUGACGGCGUAAGCUUACGCCUACCUGACUGACUAGGGGACCCGCCUGCAUCCGAUAAGGGAUCUAGUCCACAGAAUCAAGUGUAGCAGAAAAGGGGGUGUGGAGAAACGAAGUUGAGUUAAAGAGAGGGAGAAAGAGACACCGAGGGAGGGGAAAAGGUCAGGGACACGGGGGGGGUUUAUCGGACUGCCAGAAAUAAGGAGCGUGUCUACACAAACGGGCUGGCAGACGAAACCAAGGAAACGACGUGAAAUACACCACCGACCCCCAGUGACUUCUUCGAAAGGACUGGUGCGGAUUUUAAACAAUUUUUGACUUCUCCCAUAGACAGUUUUGCGCUUAGGUGAACUCCUGCCAACACGAUUUUGGACCGUGCGUAAUUUGGAGAGUAUAUUACCACGCUGCGUCAGGAUGCGCAUCUGUCCACUGCUGGUCUUCCUCUGUCUACAGUGCGCUGGAGGCGUUCAGAAGUUCUCCGCUCUCAAGUUCCUGCGGGUGGAUCAGGAUAAGGAUUGCAACAUGGAAUGCAGCGGAGCUCCUCGCAAGCCCCUGUGCGCCUCCGAUGGCAGGACCUUCACAUCGCGCUGCGAGUACCUCCGAGCCAAGUGCCGCGACUCCCAGCUGGAGGUCAGCCGAGGGCCAUGCAAAGAUACAUCCAGAUGUGUAGCAGAGAAGAAGUACACAGAGCAGCAGGCCAAGAAGCUCUUCCCACAGGUCUUUGUGCCUGUUUGCAACCCUGAUGGCACGUACAGCGAGGUUCAGUGCCAUAGCUACACUGGAUACUGCUGGUGUGUUACCCCCAAUGGCCGGCCAAUCAGUGGCUCAGCAGUGGCCAAUAAGAAACCUCGAUGCCAAGGAUCAAAGCAGGAGAAGACAACUACAAGAGAGCCUGGUAAAUCAGUCUCCUUGCAAAUAUUCUCCAUUCUAAAUGCAGAUGACACCGACCUAGUGAUCGAUCCUCAGCCUCCCGAACACGAAGAAGAUAGCAAUUCCCAGUACCCCACUCUGUGGACGGAGCAGGUUCGCAGCCGACAGAACAAUAGAACCAGAGCACCAUCCUCGUCAUGUGACCAGGAGAAGCUUUCUGCCCAAGAAGAGGCAAGGCAGCACAAGAACGACGCUGUAUUUGUACCAGACUGUGCCCAAGGAGGACUUUACAAGCCUGUCCAAUGCCACCCCUCUACUGGCUACUGCUGGUGUGUGCUUGUGGAUACUGGACGGCCCAUACCUGGGACCUCUACAAGGUAUGAACAGCCAAAAUGUGAUGGCAAUGCUAGGGCCCACCCAGCUAAACCUAAGGACCAUUAUAAAAGCAGACAUCUCCAAGGCUGUCCCGGGGCUAAGAAAACAGAGUUCCUGACAAGUGUUCUUGACGCGCUGUCGACAGACAUGGUGCACGCUGUCACAGAUCCAGCAUCUGCGGGAAGGGUGGCUGAGCCAGACCCCAGUCACACCCUGGAGGAGAGGGUUGUCCACUGGUAUUUCAGUCAGCUGGACAAAAACUCCAGUGGGGACAUUGGAAAGAAGGAGAUCAAACCUUUCAAACGCUUCCUGCGCAAGAAGUCCAAGCCAAAGAAGUGUGUUAAGAAGUUCGUGGAGUACUGCGACAUCAGCAAUGACAAAGCACUGUCUCUGCAGGAGCUCAUGGGCUGCCUUGGGGUGACCAAGGAAGAAGGGUCCAUACCAGGAGAAGGCUUAACCAGUAAACUAAAUCCCUCAAAGAAGCAAGGCUAAGCCCUACAACAGUGAUUUCCCCUCUCAUCUGGAGAAUCCGCCCUCACCAAUCGGCAAAUGGAAACCAUAGUAUUUGCACUUUGUACUUUAAAAAAAAAAAAUGUAAAUUCACUUUGUAGAAAUGAGGUAUUUAAACAGACUGCUGAAUCUGUGAAUUAUGUAGUUAGCUUUUUAUGUCCUGACAAAACAAAAAAUAUUUAACACAUACAAUGUAUGUGUCCUUUUGUGUCUAAAAAGUGUACUUUUGAAAGUUGUCUAAGUUUUCAUGUUUGAUGUUACAUUUUUGUGCCCAUUUCUCCCCAGUUUACUUUUCUUCUUGUAUUAAUGAUAUCGAGGUGUUUAUACUGAUCGUUUCCUACACAGCUACAAUAACCUUUCCAUCUCUCACGUACUGACCUAUUUCAUCUUUUCCUGUACUUUGUAAAGCAGUUUGCAAGAAUGUUUGGAAGAUGCAUCAUAAACAACAUUCUACAUGUUCGCAUAUAUUCAUGAUUACUAGAAAUAAAGAACUCUUUUAUAUAUUUUGCUCCUUGUGUCUGCUUAAUGUGUCAAAGAGGAGGAAUCAGGUCAGCGACUUUCUUUGGAUCCAAUUAGUCUUCUGUAUUUUCCCUCGUUAUAUAAAUCUUGUAAUGUCUUUGCCAUUUUGUCUUUUCUUGCUGUGUCUUUAAUAAAACACCUUGUUGACACAGUGUUUAAGAGCCAAGUAUUAGUCAUACAUAGCAGAGGUCGUGUAUCAUCCCAUUUAAAGACAGUUU